CAGUAGUCUGAUAGUGAUACUGCGAACUAACCUGAGGUAUAAUCUGGUGAAGCUAUGCGCAGCCUACAGCUAGGCAGUAUCAUGGCAUACCUACUACUGUAUCUAGCUCCAUUGCUGCUGCUGCUGGUGAUGAUGGUGAACUGUGGACAGGCUAUGGCCACACCAACACCAGUGGUGCAGCACGUCGUUGCUGGUGAACGGAUUGAUAACGGUCAAUCACAAGAUACACGGGCUGGGAUGGUCACUGUGGAUACCACUUGCAUGACUGAAUGGUUACUGAUAUCCAACUUUAGUCGUGCGAGAGCCGUCGCCAUUCCCGGCACACCACCUGCCAUUCAAGCUAUGUUGGACGAGAAGGUUGUAAAACUUCAACGGCACUUCGUCUUGAGUCUCAUCUUGGGUUAUGUUCCACAGCUUGCAACGAACCUGAAAAACUGUGUGGAUCGAAGGCCAGAGUGCCCCACAGCUGACUUAAUAAGGCAUCUACCUUGCUCACUUGAUGGAGAAUGUGUGUUCAACACUACCCAGCAAUCUGCUGUUUGCGUUUGUCCAGCUGGACUGACUGGAAGGAGGUGUGAUGUAGACAUUGAUGAAUGUUCUCAACCAGAUAUGAAUAACUGUGACCAACCAGCAGUAGCAACAUGCUAUAACAUUCAUGGAUCAUUCACUUGUGAAUGCAACACAGGCUACUACGGUAGGAAUGGGCGAGUAUGUUACGAUCUAGAUGAAUGUACAGCUGGUGCACAUCAGUGUAAUGAACAUGCAAUGUGUAAUAACACUGUUGGAUCAUACUCUUGUUACUGUCAAUCUGGAUACAAGGGAGAUGGUACUAACUGCCAACUUGAUGUAUGUGGAUCAUCUGCCAACAGCGAACUCUGUUACCAAAUUGAGGACAUGAAAACCUACAACAAGAAUCUGGAAGAGAAACUGGAGGCUAGGGACAUUCAAAUUAAUCAACUGCUCUCCGAUGUGAAGAUACCGACUACCAUUUUUAUCCAACAGAAGACGAAGGUGGAUCAAAUGGAAAUCGAGGUAAACCACUAUAUUUGUAACGUUCUUUUUAGGUUAGUUCUAAACUUCUGUAUCAAAGUAUCCUAGUCACUAGAGUUGGGAUCGAUGAUGAUUGA